UGCCCCGCCCGCCGCUGUGCUCCGCCCCUCGGGCGGCCCGGCGGACGCGGCGGCCAUGGCGGCGGGGCGGGAGCGGGGCGGCGGCGGCGGCGGGGCUGUGCCCGUGCCCGGCGGCGGGACCGAGGCCGUGCCCGUGCCCGUGCCCGUGCCCGCCGCCACCCGCCUGCGCGCCUUCGCCUGGUGCCGGGAGUUCCUCGCCGGUUCCUGGAAGCUCAUCGCGCCCGAUGAGUUCGGGAUCGAGCCCGUCAGCGGGGGGCUCAGCAAUCUGCUGUACAAGUGCUGGCUGCCGGAGCGGGUGCUCAGCGUGGGGGACGAGCCGCGGCAGGUCCUGCUGCGCGUCUACGGGGCCAUCCUGCAGGGCCUGGACUCGCUGGUGCUGCAGAGCGUGAUGUUCGCUGUCCUGGCGGAGCGGGCGCUGGGGCCGCGGCUCUUCGGCGUGUUCCCGGAGGGCCGGCUGGAGCAGUACAUCCCGAGCCGGCGCCUGCACACCGAGGACCUGCGGGACCCCGACAUCUCCGGGGAGAUCGCGGUGAAGAUGUCCCGGUUCCACGGCAUGGUGAUGCCCUUCAACAAGGAGCCCAAGUGGCUCUUCGGGACCAUGGAGAGGUACCUGAAGCAGAUCUUGGAGCUCACCUUCCCCCAGGAAGAGCAGCUGAAGAAGUUCAACCAGCUCAAGAUGUACAACCUGGAGGCAGAGAUGAGGAGCCUCCGGGACCUGCUGGAGUCCACCCCAUCGCCCGUGGUCUUCUGCCACAACGACGUGCAGGAGGGGAACGUCCUACUGCUGGCCGGGCGCGAGGCCUCCUCCUCUGACAAGCUGAUGCUCAUCGACUUUGAGUACAGCAGCUACAACUACCGGGGCUUCGACAUCGGGAACCACUUCUGCGAGUGGAUCUAUGACUACACACACCAUUCCUGGCCCUUCUUCAAGGCUAUCCCGGAGAACUACCCCAGCCGGGAGCAGCAGCUGCACUUCAUCCGUCACUACCUCUCGGAGGCCCCGGGGCGCCGCAGGGACGCGUCGCCCGAGGAGCAGGCGCGCAUCGAGCAGGAGAUGCUCACCGAGAUCCAGCGGUUCGUUUUGGCCUCUCACUUCUUCUGGGGGCUGUGGUCCAUCCUGCAGGCCAAGAUCUCCACCAUCGAGUUCGGGUACCUGGACUAUGCUCAGAGCCGCUUUGAGGCCUAUUUCCAGCACAAGGCGCAGUGCUGAGCGCCCACCAUGUCCCCCCCAGGGGCUGCUCCCCCCCGCAAUGGAGCUGCCCUCCAUCUCUGAUGGUGCUGCCCGCCCUGCAGUGGGGCUGCCCCCGUGCGGGCCCCCCCAAUGGGUGCUGUAACGGUUCAGGGGCUGCAGUGAGCGGUAGGUCCCCUGGGAAAGGAGGUGUCCUGCCCCCAGCGGGGGGUGCUGGGGGCCCCACUUGCAGCCUGUUGUGUCCCCUCUAUGUCCGUCCCCACACCUCUGAGGCUGGUGCAGGGGCUGCACUGGGACCAGAGGCUGCUCCUUGCCCUCUCCCCUCCGACAGCAGAAUGUGACUUGGACCAAUAAACACCGUGGCGAUGGUGGUGGUGACGAUGGUGA